AGUUAUAACAGAUAAAAUGGGCUUAAAUGUACAGUGAUUUUGUGCCGUGAAUCAGAGAGAAAAAAAGAGGCGAAAAGAUAAGAAGAUGGGUAUGCGAGCGGUUCGCAGACUGCUCAAAUCUUCCAUAGCUUUUCAAUUAGGUCUUCUGUGUUUUGUUGUGGCGUUAACUGUGGUGGUGACAUGCUGGCUCAUGCAGACCCCGGGGUUUAGGAUGACCACGCCCGAGGUAAAGGUGGUCGUGUUCGAGGAACAUCAUGAAGUAUUGCGUUACUGGUUUGCCGAAGCUGAAGCGGGUAGCUUUCCGCAGUCUGGAAAUACAUUGAUUCACAUAGACGGUCACAGCGAUGAGGCUCCGCCCGACUAUUACGACGAGUACCCAUUCUUUCGGUGGCCUAAAACCCCCAAAGAACUCGUUUAUAUGCUGCAGAAAAAUGAUGUGUUUGUCGUAGAGGCUGUGAUGUCGGGUCUUUUCAAUCGGUUUGUGUGGGUAUGGCCAUCAUGGGAUCGUCAGAACCACUCUGGCCUCUACAGAAGAACCGUUACCGAGAUCGGCUGGUUCGUUCCUAAUACAGACGAAGCUAGUACUGCAAAAGUUUUCUGUCAAUGCCAGCCGGACGAUACAAACAGAAGAGUUUGUUUUUACUUCAACGAGGAAGUCGCCUAUCUGAGUGGAGGAACUGAUGUUGUGGAGUUGGACCCAGGUCGGUGCAAAGUGGAGACGUCCUAUAUCUCUGAGGAAGUCAUGGACCAAGUGUUUAUUGAAAAGUUUACAAAAGAAAACUGGAUAGAUAAAUCGGAGACGAUCAUUUUGGAUAUUGACGAGGAUUAUUUUGGAUGUGAGAGCGGAGCCGAUCCUCUGUUGCAAACAAAGAUAAAUUGGAAAUUGGUGGAACUUCUUGACACGCUUCUUUCUAUGACGUUUUGCCCAAUGAAUACAGACGAUGAGCGCGUCUCUGACUUAUUUUUAACAAAAAUCAUUGAAACAAUAAUGAGAAACUGCGAAGACAGUGAUAGUCAAAAUAGCUUUUGCAAUUCAAAGCUAAAACUGAAUGCGACCUUCUCUCAAGUGGGGAAGUACUUUAAUUCAUUCUUCCGGGAGCGAAGUGCUAUUUUUUGUUCGCAGUUAAAAUCGUCAUCACGAACGCGGGUGAAGAAGAUAGUAAAACUGUUGUUAGUUAUGACCUACGAUCAGCUCAAAACAUUAACCGAUAUUGGGUUUUGUAUGACCACCACUCCGAAAUCUUUAAGUGGCGAACUGUACAAAAACGUCCCUUUUCAGGUUUGCCACGGGUUUAACACACCCAAUGAAUCCAUCGUAACUUUCCAUUCUCCCACCGAAGAUGAAAUAGAAACAAGAAGCGAACUAAUGCAGAGUAUCAUCUCUCGUUUGAGCACUCCACGACUUAUUUCUAUUUGUAGAUCGUUCCGUGAUGGCUACGUUCCAAAGAAACAUUUUCGUCACAUUGAAAACAAUGUUUUAAACGCUGUGAAAAACGCUUUUCAAGAGGCAAAAUUGACUUUUCAUUAUGACCCUGGGUUACUUGGUGGACAGAGGGGGUGGGAGGCAAGACACGAGUACAGAAAGGCGCGCUCGACUUUUCAAAGUUGACCACUCAGCCUAUUCAGGAAAUUAUUUUAGAAAAUUAUAAUAUAUCGCUGAUAGAUAAUAGAAAAACAAUCGUCGAAUUAUGAAUAAUAAGCGUCUUCACAGAAUAUUUUGUAUUCGUCCUUUUGUUUUAAAAUUUAAUUUAAUUUCGCUAUCAACAUUAAUUUAAGGGCUUCGGCUGAAUAUUCCUGUGGGCCUUCUGCAUGGAUAAUAAAUAGUCUCCUUGUAACCAGAACAUGCGUGUGAAUAUUAAUACAACUCACUGAUGUGCUUUUGCCAUGUGCCGUAAACAUAUAGUGGAUAUGAUUACAUGGCAACAAUUUUUUGUUUGUUUUUUAUGUAGGCACGGCUUAGCACUUACAAAUCUUCGGAUAUGUUUUGAAAGAAGAUAAGACUAAGGAUUAAGAACCCUUUUGAUAGUUCCUUUUCUUUGUCUUGUCCGAAUUAUCCUUUAACACUUGCUGGAUCAGACAUUCAGUUAGAAAAUAAAUUGUCAAAUCAAUAAGAUAAACUUUGCUAUAGACACUCAUGUGCCGUGUAGAAAAGACACGAUUCAUACGAAUCGGUUGAGAAAAUGAAGAUCGAAUGAUAGGCUUUUAGGUUAUUUUUUCUGGAAAAUAAAUGUUGCGUCUUUUUUUAGGUCCUGCUAUUUGAAGUUUUAAGUGGGGAUAUGGAAUACACCAUUUUGCCCUUUUUUCAUGUUAAUGGGCCUGGUUUGCUUUAGAUCAUAAAGUGAAUACAUAUACAAUACAGUUCCUAUGUGUUUUAUUUUAAUUUGGCUCCUAUCACCAAGACACCGUUGUG